AUGAUACGGCGUACUUACCGUAGCUUGUGUACAGAAAACAUAACGUUUGGGAUUUACUCCCCGAUGGAAAUCUCCAUCAAACUCGAAUACGCAAGAAGAGUAUGCAACUGCAUUGGUCUCGAAGCUAAAGAAGCGGUGGUGGAGUCUCCCAGGAUGGAGAAGAAGCGGUGUCGGUGA